AUGCCCCUCCCGCAAUUACUGGUCGGCAAGGUUGCGGCCAUCACCGGAGGUCUCACCGGCAUUGGAAGGGCCAUUGCGCUCGAGUAUCUCCGCCAUGGCGCCAAUGUCGCAAUCAGCCAUCUGGGAGGUCCGAAAGAAGAUGACCUGUUGGAAGCGAUGCGCAAGGAUGUGAGCGAAAUCGAGGCUGGUGCUGAGAAGAGCCGCUUCAUUGCGGUCUCGGGCGACAUCUCCCAGCCCGAGACAGGACGCAACUUCGUUGCCAAGACGGUGGAAGCGUUCGGGCGGUUGGACGUAUUUGUGAGCAACGCGGGCGUUUGCCAAUUUGCAGAUUUUCUAGAACUUGAACCCUCUCUCCUCAACCACACAGUCUCCACAAACCUUUCAGGCGCGUUCUUUGCCACCCAAGCAGCGGCGCGGCAAAUGGCUCUGGUGCAGUCUCCUCCUGGGGGCUCAAUUAUUGGAAUAAGUUCCAUCUCGGCGCUUGUUGGAGGAGGCGAGCAGACUCAUUACACACCCACUAAGGCCGGUGUGCUGAGUCUGAUGCAAUCGUGCGCGGUAGCAUUGGGCAAAUAUGGCAUCCGUUGCAAUGCGCUCCUCCCGGGGACAAUCCGCACCCAGCUAAAUGACGCCGAUAUGGCGGACCCGGUGAAGCGAACAUAUAUGGAAGGCCGUAUUCCACUGGGCAGACUCGGCCAGCCCCCAGACUUGGCUGGCCCAGCAGUCUUCCUGGCCUGUGAUGAAUUGAGCAGCUAUGUGACUGGAGCCCAACUCCUGGUUGAUGGUGGGCUAUUUGUGAAUCUUCAGUAG